GACCGUUAUGAGAGGGCCACGGUGCACAGUCGAGCGGCUGGAUCAGCCGAGCGCCUAUUUUAAUAAUAGGAACAAGCGCCGGCGAUUCGACAAGGACCAGCGCGAUGGCGACGAUGAUAUUAACAUGCAGAACGACCAACCUGAGGAGGAUCCACUGAAAGAUGCGACCACUCUCUACGUUGGGAAUCUGUCCUUCUACACCACCGAAGAGCAAGUGUAUGAGCUCUUCUCCAAAUGCGGCGAAAUCAAGCGCCUGGUCAUGGGCCUCGACCGGUUUACCAAAACACCGUGCGGCUUCUGCUUCGUCGAGUACUACACCCACCAGGACGCGCUCGACUGUAUGAAGUACAUUGGCGGGACCAAGCUGGACGAACGCAUCAUUAGGACAGACCUUGACCCCGGUUUCACGGAGGGUCGCCAGUACGGCCGUGGAAAGUCUGGAGGGCAGGUCCGCGACGAAUACCGCGAGGACUACGAUGAGGGCCGUGGCGGCAUUGGACGGGCGCUUCAGGCGCGGAUGAGGGCGGGGUCUAGGGACAGGGCGGGUUCUAGGGACUAUGACGAUGAUUACGGGCGCGGAAAAUAGACUCGCCUGUCCACACGUCGACGGCAUGUUUUACGGUCUCUCAAGUGAAGUAACGCAAUACCCCGGGAAUCACAACGGCGUUAUUGGGCGGGUUGUCGUCAUGUUGACCGCCCACUUCACGAUCCAGAGGUGGGCUUCGUGUUUGACCCGGGUAUAUCGUCCAUGCCGCCCACAUCUCUGGGAUCCAAGAACAAUUUGCAGCCACCACAACGCCAUUGAUUCAGUUGGUAUAGUACAAGGGAUAUACACGCCCCGAACCAUCGCUCGUCGUUGUUUAGUAACCGGGAGGGUUGAUUCGUUGCGAUACACGCGUCCACUUUGGAAGUU